AUGCCAGAUUGCACAAUCGCUCUGCCACACUUUUCCAUCAAAGACAAGGCGGAAAAGACCACUCUGACAGUGACCGGCCAACUUGUGCUUGAUAUACCUGAAGCCUACGGACGUCCCGCAUCCGUCGAUGAGCUGGACGCCAUCAUCCGAGAGACCAACUUGUGGAUCACCAGGAACGGCUUGUGCUAUUUCAGAAUAGAGCCAUCGGCUAAUGGGACGCCGGUCAUUGACGUUUACGCAACGAGGUAUAUCCGCGACGUCAUCUUGGGGUGCAAAGUGUGGGAUGACUUGGGUCUUACCCUGCUAGCCGACGACGGACCUGACGAAAUUCUUGCGAAUAGAAUAUCCUUGUCAAUACAACAUCCUGAUCUGUCAUCUGCUCUGACGGCCCCCGAGACCGCGGCAGUGGCGGCAUUUCGAUCCGUAUCGUACUCCAUAGAAUUGUCUGCCGAUUGCAGGGCACACUGCCCCAAAAGGGACCGAGCACGGCCAACGAGGAAAAUUGAACACCUGGCCCUUGAAGAUCGAAUCGCAGUCGAGGAAUUCACGCAGAAUAUGAGGGAACAGCUCGUUCCGGCGGACCGGCAAGCUGUGGAUGAGUUUAUGCGGAGCAUAAACUUUGAUCCUCGGUCAAAGCCAUGCUGCAGAACGUCAAAUCAACCGCAAAGGGAGUGUUUAACAACAUGUGAUGUGUUGUUCACCACGUCGGUCAAAGGGUUGAUUGAUUCAUGUUUGAACAAUAUACUGCUUGGAACGAGACGGCACCCCCAAAACUUGCGGGUCAUCAACAGCAAGCACUUCGUUCCGUUGUCACGGCUGGCUCCAGGGGUUUUCAAUAUGACGUAUCUCAAGGACAUCUCUUCCAAAAGAAGUCUCGUCUCAAUCAUAGCAGCUUCGCUCGCCAGGAUGAAGGAUGCCGAAUCACCGAGUCUUCGCAGAAAAAUGGACAAGUUUACAAGCAUGAACGCCUACGACGAAACGUUCAGACGUGAGGGAAUUCAAACGGAUGUGAUAAACCGCGGCAUUGAAGGUAGCCUUUGGGACAUGCUGCUUUCCGAGUCGUCGAGAUCACGAUGGAAGAAAAAAGGCUGGCUUUGA